AAUAAAUAAAAAUAAAUAAAAAGUGGUUCUUGCCACCUUGUGCCUUUUAAAUGAGUACAUUUAGACCACUUACAUUCAAGGUUACUAUUGAUGUGUGAGGUUUGAACCUGUCAUGGUGGUGUUUGCUGGUUGCUUUGUAGUCUUGAUUGUGUAAUUGCUUUAUAGGGUCUGUGAACCUCUGUAUUUACGUAUUCUUUUAUGGUAGUGAGUAUCAUUCUUAUGUGUGCAUGUUUAGAACUUCCUUGAGCAUUUCUUGUAGGCUCGGUGAUGUAGUUUGGGUAUUUGUCCCCACCCAAAUGUCACAUUGAAAUGUAACUCCUAGUGUUGGGAUUGGCCCCUAUUGGGAGGUGAUUGGAUCAUGUCUGUGGAUUUCUCAUGAAUGGUUUAGCACCACCCACUUGAUGCUGUCCUUAUGAUAGUGAGUGAAUUCUUGCAAGAUCUGAUUGUUUAAAAGUGUAUGCCCCUACUGCCUUCCCCUCUCAUUCUUGCCGUAUGAAAUGCACAUUCCCCCUUUGCCUUCCACCAUGAGCAGAAGCUUCAUAUGGCCUCCCCUGAAGCAGAUGCUGGCAUUAUACUGCCAGUACAGCCUGCAGAAUAAUGAGCCAAUUAAACCUCUUUCCUUAUAAAUUACCCAGUCUUGGGUAUUUCUAAUAGCAAUUCAAGAACAGCCUAACACACUAGGUCUAGGUAUACCAAAUUCCUUUAGCUUUUGCUUGUCAGGAAAGACUUUAUUUCUUCUUUGUUUCUGAAGCUUAGUUUGUCAGAAUAUAAAAUUUGGGGCUGGCAUUUUUUUUUCUUUAAGAAGGUUAAAAAUAGGUCACCAAAUUAUUCUGGCUUGUAACAUUUCUGCUGAGUCCAUUGUUAGCCUGUUAUUGGUGUUCCUUUUUCUCUAGCUGUCUUUAAGAUUUUUUUUUUUCCACGUUAACCUUAGAAAGCCUGGUGACUCUGUGUCUUGGGGAUGGUCAUUUUGUAUAGUAUUUCACAAGGGUUCUCUGAAUUUCUUGAAUUUGUAUGUUGACAUCUCUGGCGAGAUUGGGGAAAUUUUCAUGGAUUAUAUCCUCUAAUAUGUUUUCCAAGUUGCUUAUUCUCUCCUCUCUCAUGCAUGUCAGUGAGUGAUAGGUUUGGUCUGUAUUUUUCAGAGGCUUUCUUCAUUUUUUAAAUUCUUUUUUUUUUUUUUUAAUUUCUGAGUGAGUUGAUUCAAAGAACUGGUCUUCACACUCUGAAGUUCUUUCAUCAGCUUGGUCUAGUCUGUUAAUAAGGCUUUCAAUUGUAGUGUGAAACUCCUAUAGUGAAUUUUUCAAUUCCAGAAAUUCAUUUUGGUUCGUUCUUAAUAUGGCUAUGUUGUCUUUCAUUUCUUGGAUCAUUUUUCUUGCUUCCUUGGAUUGGAUUUCAAUUUUCUUUUGGAUCUUGUUGAGCCUCCUUACCAUUUAGAUUCUGAAAUUAUGUCUGUUAUUUCAGACAUUUCAAUCUGGCUAGGAUUCACUGCUGGAGAACCAGUGUGAUCUUUUGGAGAUGCAGACCAACAACGAAGAGAGAAACUCAAAAAGGAAUUAGCACGAUGUGAAAAAGAGUUCAAAUUAACUAAAACUGCAAUGCGAGCCAAUUCUAAAAAUAAUUCCAAGUCACUUUUUAACACCUUACAAAAGCCCUCAGGCGAACCACAAAUUGAGGAUGACAUGUUAAAAGAAGAAAUGAAUGGAUUUUCAUCCUUUGCAAGGUCACUAGUACCCUCUUCUGAGAGACUACACCUAAGCCUACAUAAAUCCGAUAAAGUCAUCACAAAUGGUCCUGAGAAGAACUCCAGUUCCUCCCCAUCCAGCGUGGAUUAUGCAGCCUCCGGGCCCCGGAAACCGGGCUCUGGAACCCUGUGUGGCAGAAGGCCCAGAAGCACAUUCCCAAAUUCCCACCGGUUUCAGUUAGUCAUUUCGAAAGCACCCAGUGGGGAUCUUUUGGAUAAACAUGCUGAACUCUUUUCUAACAAACAAUUGCCAUUCACUCCCCGCACUUUAAAAACAGAAGCAAAAUCUUUCCUGUCACAGUAUCGCUAUUAUACACCUGCCAAAAGAAAAAAGGAUUUUGCAGAUCAACGGAUAGAAGCUGAAACCCAGACUGAAUUAAGCUUUAAAUCUGAGUUGGGGACAGCUGAGACUAAAAAUGUGACAGAAUCAGAAAUGAACAUAAAGCAGGCAUCUAACUGUGUGACAUAUGAUGCCAAAGAAAAAAUAGCCCCUUUACCUUUACAAGGGCAUGACUUAACAUGGGAUGAGAUUAAGGAUGAUGCUCUUCAGCAUUCCUCGCCAAGGGCAGUGUGUCAGUAUUCCCUGAAGCCCCCUGCAACUAGUAAAAUCUACUCUGACGAAGAAGAACUGCUGUAUCUGAGUUUCAUUGAAGAUGUAACAGAUGAAAUUUUGAAACUUGGUUUAUUUUCAAACAGGUUUUUAGAACGACUGUUCGAGCGACAUAUAAAACAAAAUAAACAUUUGGAGGAGGAAAAAAUGCGCCACCUGCUGCAUGUCCUGAAGGUAGACUUAGGCUGCACAUCGGAGGAAAACUCGGUAAAGCAAAAUGAUAUUGAUAUGUUGAAUUUAUUUGAUUUUAAAAAGGCUGGGAAUUCAGAACCAAAUGAAUUAAAACAUGAAAGUGAAGUAACUAUUCAGCAGGAACGUCAAGAAUACCAAAAGGCUUUGAAUAUGUUAUCGUCUGCACCAAAAGAUGAGAACGAGAUAUUCUCUUCACCAACUGAAUUUUUCAUGCCUCUUUAUAAAUCAAAGCAUUCAGAAGGGGUUAUAAUUCAACAGGUGAAUGAUGAAACGAAUCUUGAACCUUCAACUUUGGAUGAAAAUAAUCCAAGUAUUUCAGACAGUUUAACAGAUCAGGAAACUUCUGUGAAUGUCAUUGAAGGUGACAGUGACCCUGAAAAGGUUGAGAUUUCAAAUGAAUCAUGCAGUCUUAACACAUCACUCUCCCAGUCUGUUCAGUUCUCCAGUGUCAAAGGUGAUAAUAAUCAUGACAUGGAAUUAUCAACUCUUAAAAUCAUGGAAAUGAGCAUUGAGGACUGCCCUUUGGAUGUUUAAUCUUCAUUAAUAAAUACCUCAAAUGGCCAGUAACUCAA